AUGGCGUGGAGGAGGAGACCGCACGCGCGUCUUGGCCAAGAAGAAGUGGAGAAGUAUGAAACAGCCAGUGACCAGGCGGUCGAGCCGGAGAUGAAGAUCUCCAUCGUCCGAGUGAAGGCACAGCCGCGGAAGCACAAGGUCAUCUCCUAUGGCUAUCGGAAGCUCAUCGAUGGAGAAGUCCCAGAGAUGUACCGCUUUCAGUACUUGCCAGACCCUGAUCUGCCAGAAGACUUGCAUCCAGGAGUGAUCCCUGCAGGCUUCUCUGCUUGCGUGCCGGUGGAUCAAGACAUGGUCUACUUUCACACAAGAGAAGGCGAUACGGGGCCAGAGUAUCAGGUCGUGUGCGCCGACCCAGACGAUGUGCUGCGAGCGGAUGGAAGAGUGGAUCGGGCGUCAGAGCUUGAUUCAAUAUCGACACUGGUGAGCUAG